CUAGGUCCUACCAGCACCUACACUUGGAUGUCUUCGGCGUGGAGCAUGGCCUGCGCAGUCAUCCUCCCUAUUUCCGGUCCCCUUGGUGAUAUUCUCGGACGGCGCUAUUUUUUCAUUGCUGGAAACCUCAUUGCAGUUGUUGCUGCCAUUGUGGCAUCGACUGCACAGUCAGUGGAGGUUGUCAUCGUCGGCACAACGCUCUCUGGCAUCGCAGCAGCAUUCCAGCAGCUCGCAAUCGCUGCUGUCUCGGAGAUCUAUCCAAACAAGUACAGAGGCCUGUCAAUAGCUUUGCUUGAAAAUGCCCCAAUGGCAUUCGCUAUAGCUGGCUCGUUGAUAUCUCACAAGCUGGUCGAAACAAGGAGCUGGAGAUAUAUCUUCUACAUCUACCUCGUUAUCUGCGGGCUUGCCUUGAUAACUACCGUUCUCUUCUACCAUCCUCCUCUGCCGCAUAACGAUCAAACUCGCCUCCGACUUGCGAAGAAGAUCGAUUGGGUCGGUGCCGGAAUUUGGACUGCCGACCUUACCACCUUCCUUCUCGGCAUCACGUGGGCCGGCGGCCAAUUUCCCUGGAAAUCAGCCGCUGUCAUUGUCCCAAUGAUCCUGGGGAGUUUGACUAUCAUAGGGCUUGGUUUCUGGGAGGUAUUUGGUACUAAAAACCCGAUCUUUCCACCUCGCAUCUUUAAGAAUAUUCGCGGGUUUACAAACCUGCUUAUCACGGUCAUAAUCUUAUCCAUGCCCAUGUAUGCUAUGGUCACUAUCUGGCCAGCAGCGAUUGGGGCGAUUUUUACCUCAGACCCAACCCAGAUUGGCAUUUAUGGUCUUCCAUGGGGCUUCGGGUCGACUUUUGGUUCGAUCGCCGUUGGUAUUUCCAUACGUUACAUUCGCAAAAUAAAUUGGUUUCUGGGCGGCCUAGUUGCUCUUCAGGCGAUCUUCAUCGGCUUACUAGCAACUAUUACGCCCGGCUCGAUCAAGGGACCUUUGGCAUUUAGCUUCUUUGGUGGAGCCGCGAAUCUCGGAGCCCAACUGACAUCGAUUGUCAUGAUACAGUUCUCGACCAGAGAUACCAAUAUCGGCCUUGCUACGGGACUUCUUGCUUGCGCUCGAUCUGUGGGGGGUGCUAUUGCCAUUGCCAUCUAUAACACCAUCGUCCAAUCUAGGAUAAGUAUUGAGCUACCAAGAAGGGUUACAGCGGCGGUUCUGCCACUGGGCCUUCCAGAGAGCUCACUUCCCUUGCUUCUAGAAGCGCUUACGUCUGGCAAUGAGACUGCGAUCCCUGGCGCGAAUGACGAGAUUAUGGCUGCUGCCGGCGAAGCAGUAAGAUAUGCCUAUGCCGCAAGCUUCAAAAUAGUGUUCUACCUCGUUGCAGGGUUGGGUGGUCUUGCUACGAUUCUUGCUGUGUCCACCCGAGAUACUAGCCCAUUCAUGACAAACCACGUAGCGGUCGAUUUGAAUGAGGAG